CGCUGUAAUAUCUAGCCAGGACGCCCCGCAGACGGAACAAACUGAAUAGAUCACGCACCGGCACCACCUCCGGCCGGUAGCCAAGGCACGAAGGAUGGAGUCAGGCGGGCCACUCUCACGUUCAGUCCCACGUCGCGACGGCCGCGGCGGCUGGCGCGCCGCGCGCUUCAUCGUCGUCGUCGGCUUCUUGGAGCGCAUCGGGUUCAACGGCGUGGAGGGCAACCUGAUCACGUACCUCACCGGCCCGCUGGGCAUGUCUACCGCGGCCGGCGCCGCCGGCGUGAACGCCUGGUCCGGGACCGUGCUGGUGCUGCCGCUCGUCGGCGCGCUCGCCGCCGACUCGCGCCUGGGGCGCAACCGGGCGGUCCUGCUCGCCGGCGCGCUCUACCUGCUGAGCCUGGGAAUGCUGACCGUCUCAUCCAUGCUGCAAACGCGACAACUUCGUCCGGCCGACUGCCAUGGCACAGCCACCACCUGCUCGCCGCCUUCGACAUCAUCAUCACCUGCUCAGCUCGGCUUCUUCUACACCGCGCUCUACCUGCUGGCCCUCGCGCAGGGCUUCCACAAGCCGUGCUCAGAAGCCAUGGGCGCGGACCAGUUCGAUUCCCGCGCGGGCGCGUCCCGGAGCUCCUACUUCAACUGGUUCCACUUCUCCAUCUCGUGGGGCUACGCCAUCGCGGCGACCGCGGUCACCUAUGUCGAAGAGAACGUCGGCUGGACGGUAGGGUUCGCCGCGUGCUGGGCCAUCAUGGUGGUGUACCUCGUUGUCUUCUUGCUUGGCAAGCGGACGUACCGGGUAGAGCGGCCCGUGGACGGCAGUUCCUUCGGGCGGCUCGCCGAGAAGUUCGUCUUUUCUCGACGUGAUGCCACCAUUGACACCCAACGGCUUUUGGAGACAAAUCAGGACGGGUUCCUCGUUAAGCUGCUUCCUAUCUGGCUGUCAAGCUUAGUGUUUGCCGCGUGCAUCUCGCAGAUCACCACCCUAUUCACCAAGCAGGGCAGCACGAUGGACCGGCGUCUAGGCGGGGCCACGGGCCUCGUCGUGCCGCCCGCGGCGCUGCGGUGCUGCAUCAGCUUCACAUUCAUCGCCAUGGUCCCUGUCUACGACCGUGCAAUUGUACCGUUCGUGAGCCGCCUCACCGGGCACCCCGGUGGAAUCACCAUGCUCCAGCGCAUCGGCGCCGGGAUGGUCACGGCCUGCAUCACCAUGGUCGUCGCGGCGCUCGUGGAAGCCAAGCGCCUCCGUGUGGCCAAGGACGCGGGCCUGCUCGACCUGCCGGACGUGGCGGUGCCGAUGAGCCUAUGCUGGCUGGUACCGCAGUACGUCCUUAUCGGCCUCGCGGAGGUGUUCAGCUACAUCGGACUGGAGGAGUUCUUCUACGACGAGGUGCCGGACGCGCUCCGCAGCGUGGGGCUGGCACUGUCCCUGAGCAUCUUCGGCAUGGGGAGCUACGCUAGCGGCAUGCUCGUGUGGGCGAUCGACUGGGCCACGACGAGGGGCGGGGGAGAGAGCUGGUUCUCCGACAACCUCAACCGUGCGCACCUCGAUUACUUCUAUUGGAUCCUGGCCGGCCUCGGCACUUUAGAGGUGGUCGUGUUCUUGUACUUUGCAAAACAAUAUGCCUACCGAGACAAACCUGAGUAAUGAUUCGUACAUCCUCCAUCAGUUUCACGAGUAUUUGGCAUUUUCC